AUGAUUACAAGUUAUAAGAAUUUUCUAUAAUUAAAGAAAAGUUUUUUUUUGUAAAUGUAUAAUGGGCUGAAUAGCUCAUUGAAAAAAAUAUUAAAUAAUAAACUAAAAAUUACCUACACUUUAAAAUUAUAUAAAAAGCAUUGGUAAAAAUGGAAGGAGAAAAAAUUUUGAUGGCAGCUGGUGUUACUGCUGCUAUGGUUGUUGGUGCUUUUGUAUUUUGGGGACCUUCCGGAUCAUCAAGAUUACGUCAAAGACGUGGUCAAAUAGCAGGUUUACAUAAUUUUGGUCGUACAUGUUUUCUUAAUACAUUACUUCAAGCAUUAGCAGCAUGUCCUCAAUUUAUUGCAUGGUUACAGUUACAUAAUGGUGCGUCAGACAAAAAAAGUCUGAUAGCUUCUUUACUUAAUACAUUAGAAGUAAUCAAUGGUACACAUCCAACUCUACGUGGUGAUCCAUACUCACCUGGCGCUGUAAUCCGUGCUCUAAAUUCAUUAGGUUGGAUUAUACCGCCGGAUGAGCAUGAUGCCCACGAGUUAUUACAUGUCAUAUUAACAUCUUUAGAAGAGGAGGCUAUUCGACCUCCUAAAACGGUUGGAUGUUUAUCAGAUGCUUUGAAUAGUCAACAACAAUGUAAAGGACUAACUGAAAGACCUUCAAGUGCAAUGUUAUCUGAUUUUAUGAAUGCUGAAGAAUAUAGUGAAUCAUCUAAUUUAAAUAUAAUGCGGCAAGUUCGCUCUGAAGCUCAUACUCCUGAUUCUCCCUCAUCUGUUUGUGACGAAAAUGAAGAAGUGGCUUCAAUAAUGGAUAAUUGUGAUCCGACAAUGUCUCCAAAUUUAAGUUUGCAAUCGAGAAGAUCCAGAACUUUGCAAGGAUAUGGAAGGAAUAAUAUAAUGAUGGGAAAUGGGGCAACUGGAGAUGUUAGAGAUUUGGGGAAUAACCCUUUAAGUAAAAAAAAUUCGAUGUCUUGUAGAUCUUUGGAAAGAUUGAGCAGGGGCCCAGGAAGAGUUUCGAUUUGGUCAGAUCGAGGCCCUACUCAAGUACCACAUCCUUUUCAAGGUGCAAUGGGAAGUCAAUUGGUUUGCAGUGGUUGUGGUUAUAAAUCGCCAGUGCGUUAUGACAAAUUUGAUAGCAUUUCUCUCAAUUUACCAGAAGACAAGCGAACCGGGCUGAGCUUGGCGCAUUUAUUAAGUGAAUAUAUUACUCCAGAAAAUAUAAAUGAUGUUCAAUGCGAAUCAUGUAAUGAAACAACUAAUCAUACAAAAUCUGUUACAUUUGCCAAAUUACCUUCAUGUCUGUGCAUACAUAUUCAAAGAACUAUUUGGUCGCCCACUGGAAAGACUUGUAAAAGAUUAGAUUAUGUUCAUUUUCCGGAGAGCCUUUCAAUGGCUCCAUACAGUUUUGUUCAACCACAUUUGAAUAGUCAGGCGAAUACCCCUUUUGGAUCAACGUUAUCUUUAUUUUCUGGAAGUCUUCCGACAAAUGGAGAUUUUCCAUUUGGCGGAAGUUUUGGUAGUGGAUUUGGUAGCGGUUUUGGCAGUGGAUUCGGAAGUGCAUUUGGUGGUGCAAGUGGAAAUGGUGGUCCAUAUAGUUUUGGGCCAAUGUUUCCACGCAAUUUAUAUAGAUUAUUAGCAGUUGUUGUCCAUUCCGGUGAGGUUAACAGCGGGCAUUUUGUGACAUACAGAAGAGGAGCUUUACGAAAUUCCCAUAGGUGGUAUUAUACAUCAGAUACAAUUGUUAAAGAAGUUUCAAUAGAUGAAGUUUUAAGUAUUCCUGCUUAUAUGUUAUUUUAUGAUCGUGGACCACAAAAAAUGGGAAUGAAAUAAGAUCUCGCAUUUAUUUAAGCAAAAUAAUAUUACUCAAAUAUUUGUACACAUUAAAAACCAAAAACCAAGCUGAUUUUUUUUUUUUUUUUUUUUGAUUAUAAGCUGUAAAAUUUUUUUUGUUCUUUAUCGACGUCAAAUGAUUUAAUAAUUUCAAUUGAUUCAUUUAAUUUUUUUAUUUGAUUUUUUUUUUUUAAGUCACAUUUCAUUAACAAUCAUUUAAAAUAUAAGUUAAAUAUUUAUAUGCAAUAAUUUUUAUACUUUUAUUAUCUAGGCCAGUCAUUUUUUAUGAAAUUGAUUUUGAAUUAUUAUGAUUUUUAAUAGAUUUUAUUAAAAUUAAAAAGUAGUAUUUAUUUUCAUUAAUAAAAAAGGAAAAAAAAAAAAAAACAGAAAAUUAAUUGUUACCAAUUUUCUUAUGAUAUAAUAAAAUGAAUGAC